GAAUAAUUAACUUAAUUUGACUAUCUGGUUUGUGGAUUCGUUUACUCUCAUGUAAGUCAACAACAUCCUGGGAUUGGGACACACUUUCUGGGCACUGCUGGCCAGUCCCAAAAUGGAACAUAAGGAAGUGGUUCUUCUACUUCUUUUAUUUCUGAAAUCAGGUCAAGGAGAGCCUCUGGAUGACUAUGUGAAUACCAAGGGGGCUUCACUGUUCAGCAUCACUAAGAAGCAGCUGAGGGUAGGAAGCAUAGAAGAAUGUGCAGCAAAAUGUGAGGAGGAGGAAGAAUUCACCUGCAGGUCAUUCCAAUAUCACAGUAAAGAGCAACAAUGUGUGAUAAUGGCUGAAAACAGGAAGUCCUCCAUAGUCUUUAGGAUGAGAGAUGUCGUUUUAUUUGAAAAGAAAGUGUAUCUUUCAGAGUGCAAGACUGGGAAUGGAAAGAAUUACAGAGGGACGAUGUCCAAAACAAAAACCGGCAUCACCUGUCAAAAAUGGAGUUCCACUUCUCCCCACAGACCUAAAUUCUCACCUGCUACACACCCUUCAGAGGGACUGGAGGAGAACUACUGCAGGAACCCAGACAACGAUGGGCAGGGGCCCUGGUGCUACACUACUGAUCCAGAACACAGAUUUGACUACUGCGACAUUCCCGAGUGUGAAGAUGAAUGUAUGCAUUGCAGUGGAGAAAAUUAUUAUGGCAAAAUUUCCAAGACCAUGUCUGGACUGGAAUGCCAGGCCUGGGACUCUCAGAGCCCACACGCUCACGGAUACAUUCCUUCCAAAUUUCCAAACAAGAACCUGAAGAAGAAUUACUGUCGUAACCCCGAUGGGGAGCCACGGCCUUGGUGUUUCACCACCGACCCCAACAAGCGCUGGGAACUUUGUGACAUCCCCCGCUGCACAACACCUCCACCAUCUUCUGGUCCCACCUACCAGUGUCUGAAGGGAACAGGUGAAAACUAUCGUGGGGAUGUGGCUGUUACCGUGUCUGGGCACACCUGUCAGCGCUGGAGUGCACAGACCCCUCACACACAUAACAGGACACCAGAAAACUUUCCCUGCAAAAAUUUGGAUGAAAACUACUGCCGCAAUCCUGAUGGAGAAAAGGCCCCAUGGUGCUAUACAACCGACAGCCAAGUGCGGUGGGAGUACUGUAAGAUACCGUCCUGUGAGUCCUCCCCAGUAUCCACGGAACCAUUGGAUCCCACAGCACCACCUGAGCUUACCCCUGUGGUCCAGGAGUGCUACCAUGGUGAUGGGCAGAGCUACCGAGGCACAUCCUCCAUCACUGUCACAGGAAAGAAGUGUCAGUCUUGGUCAUCUAUGACACCACACUGGCAUCAGAGGACCCCAGAAAACUACCCAAAUGCUGGCCUGACAAUGAACUACUGCAGGAAUCCAGAUGCCGAUAAAGGUCCCUGGUGUUUUACCACGGACCCCAGCGUCAGGUGGGAGUACUGCAACCUGAAAAAAUGCUCAGGAACAGAAGGGAGUGUUGCAGCACCUCCGCCUGUUGCCCAACUUCCAGAUGCAGAGACUCCUUCCGAGGAAGACUGUAUGUUUGGGAAUGGGAAAAGAUACCGAGGCAAGAAGGCAACCACUGUUACUGGGACACCAUGCCAGGAAUGGGCUGCCCAGGAGCCCCACAGCCACCUCAUUUUCACUCCAGAGACAUAUCCACGGGCAGGUCUGGAAAAAAACUACUGCCGUAACCCUGAUGGUGAUGCAGGUGGUCCCUGGUGCUACACGACAAAUCCAAGAAAACUUUACGACUACUGUGAUGUCCCUCAGUGUGCAUCCUCUUCAUUUGAUUGUGGGAAGCCUCAAGUGGAGCCGAAGAAAUGUUCUGGAAGGAUUGUAGGGGGGUGUGUGGCCUACGCACAUUCCUGGCCCUGGCAAAUCAGUCUUAGAACAAGGUUUGGAAUGCACUUCUGUGGAGGCACCUUGAUAUCCCCAGAGUGGGUGCUGACUGCUGCCCACUGCUUGGAGAAGUCCCCAAGGCCUUCAUUCUACAAGGUCAUCCUGGGUGCACACCAAGAAAAGCAUCUCGAACCACAUGUUCAGGAAAUAGAAGUAUCUAAGAUGUUCUCGGAGCCCGCAGGAGCAGAUAUUGCCUUGCUAAAGCUAAGCAGUCCUGCCAUCAUCACUGACAAAGUAAUUCCAGCUUGUCUGCCAUCCCCAAAUUAUGUGGUCGCUGACCGGACCGAAUGUUUCAUCACUGGCUGGGGAGAAACCCAAGGUACCCAUGGGGCUGGCCUUCUCAAGGAAGCCCAGCUCCCCGUGAUUGAGAAUAAAGUGUGCAAUCGCUAUGAGUUUCUGAAUGGAAGAGUCAAAUCCACCGAGCUCUGUGCUGGGCAUUUGACCGGAGGCACUGACAGUUGUCAGGGUGACAGUGGAGGGCCUCUGGUUUGCUUCGAGAAGGACAAAUACAUUUUACAAGGAGUUACUUCUUGGGGUCUUGGCUGUGCGCGUCCCAAUAAGCCAGGUGUCUAUGUUCGUGUUUCAAGGUUUGUCACUUGGAUCGAGGGAGUGAUGAGAAAUAAUUAAUUGGACGGGAUUACAGAGUGAAGCAUUGACUCACCUAGAGGCUGGAACAUGGGUAGGGAUUUAGCAUGCUGGAAAUAACUGACAGUAAACAAACCAGGACAUUGUCCCCAGCUACCAGGGAAGCCAAACCUCAGCAUUUUUUGUAUUAUUUUCUGACUGCUGAAUUCUGUAAUAAGGUGACAUAGCUACGACAUUUGUUAAAAAUAAACUCUGUACUUAACUUUGAUUUGAGUUAAUUUUGGUUUUGGUCUUC